UUCAGCAAUGACUGCCCUUCGAAGCAAACAGUAAUGAACCCUGACGCUCAAAAUUAGUUCAUGAGAAAGCUCCCUGUUACAAUCAAACCAGCAGGACAGGUGUAAGAUAACAAGGUGUCGAGCUGGGUGAACACCCCAAGCCCAGCCUUGUAAUUGCAGGGGAAUGUGGUUUUAAAUGGUCCCUUCCUGAGUGUCUGUGGUCGGUGGGGGGAGGGUGUGACUGAGUGGCGUUUAGCAAUCUCCUCUCCGUUCCACCUCUGAAGCUUUUCUGUGGCUAAGACCAGUGAAACGUGCUGUUUGUAAAUUGAUUGAGAGACAGACACAGAGAGAGAGAGAGAGAGAGAUAAAAAGGUGUCAAUUUCAUUGGAAUCUCAUGAUCAGGAGGAAUGUAGAAACUGUUUUUUUAAAGUUCAGAAAAAGCUUGGGAUUUCAUCACUGUUUCAGCUGGAUUUGAGUCAACUGGGAGCAGCUCACCUGUUUUGGAAGACUGGAGUUCUGUUUAUUUGGGAGCUGGGAUUAUCCGCCAUUGCUGGCCCUCUGUAUUUUCUCUGCCGAACCUGAGAAUUAGUAACAGAAUGACCGAGCCGGAGGCUGGCCACAAAACUGAUCCUGGCAAGGCCUCGGGCCUGUGCAGCCCGAUUGGCAGGCUGGUAGCAGUAACCGUGGCGAUGGUCUUCCUCCUGGGAGCAGCGGCCGUGACAGUGUGGGCCGUCGUGACAUACAUGAAGAAAGCAGAAACCCACCUCUACAAUGUUCAGGUCAAUGCAGACUCCCAUUUGUCGGUCUAUGACCCCAAGGCAGAUGUGUGGAGGGUUGUAUGUUCCUCACGGGUCAAUGAGGAGAUUGCAGAACUCGCAUGUCAGCAGAUGGGUUUUGUCAGGAUGAUUAGCUCCAUGGAGAGUCACGUUGGAAACACUGGGCCAAAUGGUUCAGUUCAGUUUUAUUGUGUGGACACUUUGCUGCUUCGAUCUGCUCAUAUCAUUCAGGAUCUUCUGCACCCCUGCGAGUGUGCAAGUCACCUUCUCCUCUCAGUGCAGUGUCAAGACUGUGGAAGGCGGAAGUUCUUGGGUGACCGUAUUGUUGGCGGACACCAUGCUCUCCUCGGCAAAUGGCCAUGGCAAGUCAGCCUGCGAUUUGAGGGCAGCCCGAUGUGUGGGGGCUCGAUAAUCUCUGAGGACUGGGUUGUCACAGCUGCCCACUGCUUCCCAGAGAGGAAUCGUUUUGUUAGUCAGUGGACAGUGUUUACUGGUGCCAUCCAGCAGUCAUCGAUGGGAGUGCAGAGCUCCGUGGACACGAUUGUUUAUCAUUCCGGUUACAAACCGUUCCUCGAUCCCAGUACUGAGGACAACAGCCAUGACAUUGCUGUGAUGCAUCUGCAGGUUCCUCUCAACUUUUCAGAUUACAUCCAGCCGCUCUGUCUCCCUGCAAUUGGUCAGAGGCUUGUUGAUGGGGCAUUGUGUAGCGUCACAGGAUGGGGCAACACGGAAUAUUAUGGAGUACAGUCAGACGUGCUACAGGAGGCUCAUGUGCCCAUUAUCACCAACACUCGCUGCAACAGCCCUGAGUUUUACCGCAACCAGAUCACCCCCAGCAUGUUCUGUGCCGGCUACAGUGACGGGGGCAUCGAUGCGUGUCAGGGAGACAGCGGUGGGCCCCUGGUCUGUGAGGACACUCUCUCCAACCGAACGCGGUGGCGUCUCUGUGGGAUUGUGAGUUGGGGAACGGGUUGUGCGAUGGCCAACAAGCCCGGAGUUUACAGCCGUGUCACCCGCUACCAGGAGUGGAUCUACCAGGCCAUGAAGAUCUACAAGAACAAGGGAGGGAUCUACAGUUUGGAUUGAAGGAGCGUUUUGAGGUGCAGGAUGUCGGGGGUGGGAGCAGCACUUUUCCAGGGAUAUCUUGGUGCUACGGGAAGUUUUCAGCCUUCAGCAAUAUUUUUAUAUUUUGGGAAAAUGAAUGUACUUUUUUAAAAUAAGCCCAAAGAACCCACUGACUGGUGCAAUGUUUCAGGAGGGAGCACUUGGUGUUGAAUGCUUUCACUCUGAUCUUGAGCUGAGGUUAGAGUUCUCUGUUGAAAGAGCCACAUUAGGAAUUUAAUCAGAUGAUGGACACUACAUCUGCCUUGUGAUAUGGUGUUCAGAUGGGUUUCACGUGUCUGGCCUCACUGUUGAAGGGUUGAAACUUAUUUUUGGGGAUUUUCUGUUUUGGCACGGGGUAAUUUCAGUUUAGCUCUCAUGGAUUUUAAUGUUUUUAAACACAACAUUGUCUUACUUUUUUCAGUUGUUCAUCCUCCUUUCAUUUUAUCUGCUCAGUUGGGAUGGUUUUAUAUUACAGGGUGAGGUUGUGGUGGGGGGGGGAUUGGGCUCAACCAGAUGGGUUUUGGGGUUUUGUUCACUUCCUCACCAACCUCCUACACUUGACAAAUUUCCCCCCUGCCCCAAAUGUCUCUGCACGGUUCUCCCUGCUCAGUCUGUGACCUUUUUUUUUGUUUUGUUUCUGACUGAGUUCAUUUUGUGGUCGUCCGGGAUCUGCGAAUUGGAUAGUUACUGGCUGAGUUUUUUUGAGCCUCAUCUAUGCUUUUAGUCCUCGCAACACUAAUCUUACUCUAUCCCCCCCCUCACUCCCCACUCCCCCCUC